UCCUCAGUAAGGUGAGCACGUUCACUUUGAAGGGACUUCAUAAGGAGGACAAACCAAUAUCGAAACCACUGAAUCCAUCUAGUUUAGGGAUCUGUGCACACAAAGACCGCUAGAAGAAGAAAAGGACACUCUAUUAAUUGAAGGAACAACGGUAGAGUUGCUGGGACUUGGCUGGCGUUCAGACUCCGGUAACCGACGAUGCUGAAGUGAAACGGAAUAAGCUGCAACUCACUGGACUUCAUUCUCGCGACCCACUAACUAUCCAACCAAGUGCGUCCAGAACCAGGUACAACGGAUCUUUUCCUUCUCUCCCCCCCCAAAAGCACUUCCAGCCUUCCUCCGAGGUGGCUCGCAAGUGUAGCCCCGGGGAAGUGAGUGACAGCUCGGACACAGCUGUGCGUAAUCGCCCGGUCCCUCCUUCAACCUCCACGGAAGUCUAUUUUGAUUUUAUCCUUUUAUUUUGUCGUGAUCCAUAAAAGUUAACCCCCCUUUUAAGGCGAGGAAGGGUUAUUUUUGCGUGCUAUUUAUGAUUUUUGGAGACGUUUCUUGGAACUUCGCGAGGAGGCACAAGCGCUCAGUUUGGCCGGGGAGAGGACGCUGAUCGGCGGCGAGAAGCGCGAAGAGGGGCCGCCAUCUAUCCACACAUUGUUGACUGAGAUCCAGGCAGCCCUCAGAGGGACUGUAACGAAGAGGGGUCCACUCAUUCUGGGAUUAAACCUCCACCUUUCCUGGGGAAUUCUACCAUGUCAGGGGCAGAGGAUUGCACACGGACGCUCCUCAUCUUCGUGGUGGGGCUUUCAUGUGCUCUCGCAGGGAAAGUCUCCCCGACCAGUUCCGAUGCAUUCCUCAGCUCCUCGGCGGUGACAGCCAGUCCUUUGCCUCCCAGCGUCUACCUGCCGGCCAACUUCAAAAUGUCCAACGCGCAGCUUGCCUUCUUUCUGCGUGAGGCCCAGGUCUCGGGACAGAAUGUGCGUGCCAGCAGUGCUCCCAGCGCCGGACAUCCUCUGCAGCGCUCGGAGAGUUUUGUGGUUUUCCAGACAAAAGACCUCCCCGCCAUCAACAUCAGCUUUGGGCCUUUUGCCCGGGACCAGGCGCUGUCUAAGGAGUUGCUCCAGCCAACCAGUCCACUGGACAUUCCUGGCCAGCUGACAGUCAACUGGAAGGUACGAGCCUUCAUUGUCCAGUCGAGGGUGUUCUCCAACAACCCUACGGUGCAGGUGUUUUUCUACAUCGCCGGCCGGGACUGGGACGACUUCAAAGCACAGGACAAGCUGCCUUGUGUCCGCCUGCAUGCCUUCCGAGACGUGCGGGAGAUUAAAACGUCCUGCCGCAUGAAAGGCAACCUGGCGCAGUGCUUGGCCCAACUGGAGCUGCCGCCGUCCUGGUUUAACACGAACGUGGCCCCGCUGGGCCGCCGGAAAGGCUCUGCGGACGGGCUCUUGGACGGGCUCACCAGCGAGACCCUCCAGACAGAGCUCUACUACACACUCCACGAGCCAGACGCCGAGGGCGAAUGUGGCGAGACCUCGGGCCACAGGGCCGGCGGAGGGUCCAGGGGGGAGCCUCUGUCGCAGCACCCACUGCUGCGCAUUGGCAGCAUCAGCCUGUAUCAGGCCAGUCAGGAGCAGCUGCUGGUGGACAAGCAGCUGGACAAGAACAUGUUCCUCAGGCUGCCAGAGAAGCCUCUCAAGCCUGGAGAGACGCUCAAGAUUUUCUUGUUCUUGAUGCCCAAUUCCACCGUUGAACAGUUCACUCUCAAGGUGAAAGCCAAGAAAGGGGUGAACCUGAUCCAGACCAAGUCUAAGAGUGCCCAGUGGAAGGUGGAAUGGGAGGUUCUGUCCGGCGCCAAGCAUUCCAUCACCACCAUCGACGUGAAUAAGAACAAAGCAGUCAAGCAAGGGGACGUUUUGGGGAACGCCGAGGUGAUGCAGCUGGACUUCGAGAUGGAGAACUUCACCAGUCUGUCAGUGACCAGACGCAUCAACUGGAACAUCGACUACAAGGGCCAGAGCCCGCCCAGCGAGUCGGAGAAGGUGGUGACUGAGCUGACGGUGGUUCAGCGGGACAUCCAGGCCAUCCUUCCUCUGGCCAUGGACACGGAGAUCAUCAACACGGCCAUCCUGACGGGCCGGACCGUGGCCAUCCCCGUCAAGAUGGUCUCCAUAGAGAUGAACGGGGUGGUCACGGACGUCUCGGCCUUCGUGCAGUGCAAGUCGUCCAACGAGGACAUUGUUAAGGUCUCCAUGAAUUGUGACUACGUGUUCGUCAACGGCAAGGAGACCCGAGGCUCCAUGAACGCCAGGGUCAUCUUCAGCUACGAGCACCUGAGCGCGCCGCUGGAGCUGACGGUGUGGGUGCCCAAGCUCCCCCUGCAGGUGGAGCUGUCGGACAACAACCUGAGCUUCAUCAAAGGAUGGAGGGUGCCCAUCCUGCCCGACAGAAGGAGCACCAGAGACAGCGAUGCAGACGAGGACGAGGACGAGCGCCGGGUGAGCCGAGGAUGUACCCUGCAGUACCAGCGGGCCCUUGUCAAAGUUCUGACCCAGUUCCACACCACAUCCACGGAGGGCACGGACCAAGUCAUCACCAUGCUGGGACCCGAAUGGCAGGUGGAUGUCACGGACCUGGUACAGGACUCGCUGAAGGUGGCAGACCCUCGGAUAGCAGAGCUGGUGGACAGGACGGUCCUGGUGGGCCUGGAGCUGGGCUCCACCGUCUUGAAGGUGGACUCUCCUCUGGCUGUGGACGCCGUGCUGGGACAGACAGCCUUCUCUGUCACAGACGACAAGGUUUCCAUCACGGAGCUCCGCGUCCACACCGUUUCUGGCCUGACCCUGUCGCUGCAGCCCAGCCCCGGCAACAGCCACACCAUGGUUGCCAAGGCAACAGGCCUGCAGACGCUCACCGCUCCCAAACAGGAGGCCAGUCUGUCCGUCUGGAUGCUCUUCAGUGACAACACGGCCGCCACGCUGACCUACUUUGAUCCCAAAGACUACAACUUCAAUGCGUCCUCGCUGGACGACAAGGUAGCGUCAGUGUCCCAGGAGCCUCAGCAGCGUUGGCCCGUGGUGGUGGCAGAAGGCGAGGGCUCCGGCGAGAUUGUGCGUGUGGAGAUGACCAUCUGCGAGGCCUGCCAGAAGACCAAACGCAAGAGCAUCAUCGCCUCGGCUGGCGUUUAUGUCAAGGUCCGCUUCGGCCCGGAGGACGACUUUGAAGAGGACGUGACCACCGAAGGGGAGAUUGAGUUAGCCCCCGUUACUAGGCGUCCCAUCCUUGAUCCCAACAUGAGCGGGAGGAUUUACGAGACAUCUAACGAGCAGCCUGCCAGCGUUCCCAUUGAUUACACCAGCUUCCCCACCAUUAGCAACCAGGAGCAGCCCACUGAGACCGACGACGAAGAGGAGGAGGAGGAAGAUGACGACUUUGUACACUCGCGUCGCAACAUGACCGACCUGGAGAUCGGCAUGUACGCCCUCCUGGGGGUCUUCUGCCUCGCCAUCUUGGUCUUUCUCAUCAACUGUAUCGUCUUUGUGCUCAAGUACCGCCACAAGCGGAUUCCUCCGGAAGGCCAGGCCAACAUGGACCACUCCCACCACUGGGUCUUCCUGGGCAACGGCCAGCCGCUGAGGGCCCAGUGCGACCUGUCGCCACAGCAGGUGGAAAGCCCCGGUAAUCCCUUGGAGGGCGUUCAGACAUGCUGUCAUGGCGACCACCACAGCAGUGGCAGCUCCCAAACCAGUGUGCAGAGCCAGGUGCACGGCCGCGGUGACGGCAGCUCCGGCGGCUCCACCAAGGAGACCGGCGAGGACGCCAGCUCGCCGACGUCCAAACGCAAGAGAGUCAAGUUCACCACCUUUACCACGCUGCCCACCGAGGACCUGCCCUACAACUCCAUCCCCAUCGCGGACGAGGAGGACAUUCAGUGGGUGUGUCAGGAUAUGGGCUUCCAAGACCCCGAGGAACUGCACGACUACAUGCGCAGAAUAAAAGAAAUCGCCUGAGAGCCGAGGCGCCGCUUCUUUCUUCUUAUCAUUUUUCUUUUUCACCUCAGUGAAAGACAACCUUUCUCAGACAGAGUUUGGUUAGCGUUUGUUCCGUUUAGUUUGCACAGUGCUGUAAUCUUAAACACGCUCUCACUCGCCACAAAGGAGUUUAAAAAAAAGAAAAAAGGAGGACGCAAUAGGGAGCCAAAGACUUGACCUAGAGGACGGGUGAUCUUGCAAGAUCUGAGCCCGACGCUCGCUUCAUUGGGCUUCAGUGGAAGUGGACACGAGUGUACGAGCUCCGAACAAAGAGGCCUUUGAUGAACACGCUACAAAAAUACUGUCAAAGACUCUCAUGAAAGCUAUUUUAAAGUUGUUUUUUUUGGUUUUGCCAAAGUAGAAAAAGAGUUAAUGGCAGUACUUUUUCCUCAUUGUCCUUUGUGUCGCUACACAGGUAUGAUUUAUAGUCAUUGCUUACAUUUUUCUACAAGCUGUCGCCGCCACACUACUACUACUCGUACUACUACUGCUACUACUACUACUACUACUACUACUGCUCUCCUUUGGCCCCGGAACAAUUCCAAUGCCUUACAACCACACAGGUCACAGUUCACUGGUAUCGGCGAGGCUGGAGGCGGUGUUGAGCGUCUUACUCUGUAGCAAGCAGCUUUUGCAUGGACGGAGGCACAAUCACUUAUUAUUAUUAUUCUUCUUCUUCUUAUUAUUAUUAUUAUUAAUUGCCCCCACCCAUCAUCUAAAUUUGUAAAUGUUUGUAUGGUAAGAAUAUAAUCAUGCAUUAUGUGCAUGCCAUGAUGAUGCCACAUACGUGCAAACAUUCCUCUCUGGUGUAUAUAUACUAUAUACUGUGUAUAUAUAUAUAUAUAUAUAUAUAUAUAUAUAUAUAUAUAUAUGUAUAUGUAUAUGUAUACUGUAUAUAUACAUAUAUACUGUAUAUCCAGACAACUGCUUGCACUGACAAAAAGCGCCAUAAAACUUGUAGCUGUUGUGUUUUUUAAAAACUGUUGGACUGUUAAAGUUGACACCCCCCCCGCCCCCCUCAAAAUUGUUUUUACGAUCUGUCUGGAGCACAAAAUCCUCUAAUCUCAGCGUUAAUCCACAAAGAAGGCCACUGAAGACAUAGUGUGUGUGGCGUUUUUCUCAUCUUUAGUCGUUUUUACAAAAUAUUCGGAUGCAAAUGAGAGACAGGAUGUGUGUGUGUGUCGCAUGUCAUCUGGGCAACGUGUAAUCUGGAUUAAAUGUAACAGAGAGUACCAUCAAUCUGUGUCAUUUUGCAACUUGGGUCAUUUGUUAUCUGGGUAACAUGUAAUCCGUGUAACACAUAAUCUGGUUAAUUUUGUAAUCUGGAUGACAUUUAAUCUCGCUAAUCUGUAGCCUGGGUAAUGUGCAAACUCAGUUAUAUGUAACCUGGCUUCCACUAUGAAUCCAGGUAACCUGUCCUUUGUGUUACUUGUAACCUUGGUAACGUAGUCGGUAACAAUCAAAUUUGUAAUCUGGGGUGAUCUGGCUAACACAUGAUAUACAGUCUGUUCAACAUAUAAUCUAAGUAGUUUAUAAUCUGGGUAACAUGUAUUCAGGGUUACAUAUAAUUUGCUAAAAUGCCAUUUUAGAAUCUAGGUAACGUCAGUCUGAAUGAUUUGUAAUCUGGGUUAUAUAUUAUAUGAUGUUAGGCCUACAUGCAAUCUUGGUAACAUAAUCUGGAUGAUUUGUAAUACGGGUUAUUCUGGCUAACACGUUGUCUGGGUAACAUGUAAUGUGUGUUAUAUAUAAUAUGGAUAACAUGCACUCUGGGUAACAUUCAAUCCAAGUGAUUUGUAAUUCAGGGUUAUACAGUAUAUGUAAUAUGGCUAUCUCGUAAUCUGAAUCAUUUGUUAUCUUGGUCACAUGCAAUCUGUGUUAUAAAUAAUCUGACAAACAUGUAAUCUCAGAAACAUCAUUUGGAUAGUUUGCAGUGUAGAUUGCAUGUAGUCUGAGCGACAUGUAAUUUGUGUUACUUUUAAUCAACUUUCAAUCUUGAGUAAUUUGUCAUCGGGGUAAUUUGUAAUCUGUGUUCUAUCUAAUCUGGUAACAUGGAAUCCAAGUAACAUAAUCUGGGAAACAAUCCUAGAAAUAUGGCUAGCACAUAACCUGGGUAACACAAAAUCUAGGUACUUGGUAAUCUGGGUUGCACGUAAUUUGGUUUGCGCAUAAUCCAGGUGUCUGUAAAAUGGGUGAUAAGUAUUACAUAUGUUACAGGUUACAUGUACUCUAACAAUGAAUCUGGAUUACAUGUAAUCUGGGUAGCAUGCAAUCUAUAGUUUUCUAUAAUCUGGGUGUCAUGUAAUCUGGGUCGCAUGUCAUCUGUGUGCGAUAUAAUAUGUGUGACAUGUAAUCUGGAUUAGGUGUCAUCCGCGUGGACGUAUCUCAGGUUGUUGAUGAGAUGGCUGAUGGCCAGAUGAGCGUGAUGGAGACAGGUUGUUUUGAGAUAAUGCACUGCAGAGAGCGGAGAGUGAAAGCAGUGACGGCUCCGGAAAGAAAGCAAAUGAAAUACACGACCAAGCUCAGUUUGCGGCAUGACAGCGGAGCUAAUUGUGCUUUUAAUUGCUGUCGCUCUUUGUAGUCUUUAGCGUUUUAGCGGAGAGCACUUUGAAGGUUCUUUAAGAUAAUCAAACAAGUUCCUUUUUUCCCAACACACUAAUGAAGCAAACCAUGAGAUCAAAUAUCCUUUUUCUUCCCUUCUUGUGUCACUUUUUCUCUUUUAUUUCAAACUGCUUCUAAGGGCUUGGGGAUAGGUCUGAAGGCCGACUGUGGGAUUUAAGAGGGGACAGAGAGACGUUCCUCCUCUUUGUAGUGAUAAAGAACAUCAUGCAGCAUCUGAUCUCCACUGCACUGGUGCUUUCAUUAAAGACUCAGUCCAGAACCGUCUCAUGCAAAAACAAGGUUUGCAUUAUGAAAUGUUCACAUUUAAUUUGAAGGACAACAUUUCCAUUUCAUUUAGUCGUCAAACCAUUUUGACCUGACGAACGUGCACCCCGAGAGCACCGACCUCCUCCAAACCCAAUUUUAUUUUUUAAAUGCAUAUUUUACUAUGUUUCAUGGAUCGGCUCUGGGUUUUUGUCAACCUUGGUAGCUUUUGAAUAACCUUUGCUAAAUGUCAUAUAAACAAACAACCAAACUGCUUGGCUUUGACUAGGGCUGUCAAAGGAUCAGAUUAAUCACAGUUUUCAAAUAUUUGUUCAUAUGAGUGUAAAGGUGACAAUUGGGGUGUUAUUUCAAGUCAAGGGAGCUCUAAUAUUGUAUAAAAUAAAUACUUAGAAGGUUGAAAACAGGUUUUCUAUGCUCCAACUACGAAAAUAUUUCAUUAAAAAAAUUAAUCUGGGUCGGAUUAACCGCAAUAAAUGAAGGACGACUAUUUUCUGGGAUUUUUGAGCACACCUAAAUCCACUUUUUGUUUUUCUUUGUCUUUCUGUUUAUUUAGACCACACACACAUGCAUAACAAAGUUGAUGCACCUUGAGUGAGUGUGGUGACUUUGCAUUUUUGCAGAGUACGAGCAUGAAACGAGUGCAGCUCGUGCUUAUCCGUAAUCGUUAUGAAGGAAAAUCCUCAUUAGGUAACUACUUAUGUAUUCACUCUUCACGCUCUGUGAUUGGUCAGUCACACACAGCGACCGCCCCCCCCCCAACAGACUCCCUCCAGCCAGAGAGAGGAGUUGAAAACUGCCUCCACUCCAGACAAGUUUUUUUUUUUUAGGUUUUCCUCAGUUCAGCUCGUAUCUGAAGUUGUUGGUAAACUUGUUUCAUCACAUACGCCGUGCUUUUGACAAGACAGAGCUGUAAACGGCUCGUGUUGCGUUGCUCACUGCCGGUGUUUUGUUUUGGGUUUUUUUCGUCUGCUUGCUUCUACUUUGGCUGGUGAUACAAAGUCAUUUGGAAAACUUGGCUUGUAGUACUGAACGCGGUGCUUUCGAGAAAACUACAGCGCCUGAAUCACACUAAAAAUAUCAACGUCAUUUAUAAAAGACAUUAGUUAAUAUGUCAUUUUUGACAGCCCUAGUUUUGACACAAAACCUUGUACGUAAUCUAUGAUGUAGAUUGCACAUGUAUAUAGACACAUCAUGCAUCUGGAUUGGGGCUUUAAAGCAAAACUGCACUUUUUUUGGAAUUUUGUCCAUCAUACACAAUCCUUAUGUGAAACAUGAACAUAUUUCUUUCCCUUUUCUGUGCAUUCUAAAAAAAGAAAACGAGUUAGAAUGAGCCAGCUAACAUUGCACAUCAUGGGAGGCACAUAUUCCGACUUUGUAGCCCUCUAAAAGAACCUCUGUCAAGGUGUUAUGGUUUUAUAUCCAUGCUGUGAUCAUGCAUUAACAGGUACAUUGAUAACAUGUAAUACUUACAGUAUCUUGCCGUAUUUUGAUGAUUUAAAACAUUACCGAAACGUCUUUCCUCUGCGCAUUGAUGUGCCAUAGCCCAUAGAAGCUAACGCUACUUCCGUCAACAACAGCAGCGUAGAAACAGCGGCGACCCUUACAAUGUACGCUCUCAUUGGGAUGGCUGUGUCUUCCAGCACAGGACUUGGCUUCAGUCCUCAGGUAAAAAUGCUGACAGCAAAUGAGUAUGUUGUUGAGUUUUCGUAGCGAAAUUGAGAGCCAGUAGUAUCCACUCUUCAGUCUGUCCCGUUGCAGCGGCUUGAGGCGUUGUGAGUGACGCUGAGACUAGCUAGCUGUUGUGUUACUCUGCCAGAUAAGUAUAGUUUUUUGUGUUAGCUGCUACAAUAAUAUCGCUGUACAGUAGUUUGGUUCAUAUACAGGUCAGUUAUGUCAAUAGAACGCCGUUGGUGGUUUUUUGAGGGUUUUCUAGGGCUUUAUUGUCGAAAUAGAUGCCUCUCAUGACGUGCAGUGUUAGCUGGCUCAUGCUAACUCGUUUUCUCUUUUUAGAACGCACAGAAAAGUUCAUGUUUCACAUAAGGAUUGUGAAUGAUGGGGAAAAUUCAAAAAAAAAAAAGUGCAGUUUUCCUGUCAAGGUUCUAUGCAUGCUUCAUUGAGAAAGUCGUCUCUCAUGUUUGGCUCUCUCAGGAUGAAUGUAGGCUUCCCAGUUAAUUCAUCACUUCAUAACAACAACAAGCUGGCUGCUUCACUGUAAAUCCUAUGAGAACAGAUGAAGUGCCUACCAGCACCUUCUUCUUGGUUUUUAUGUAAAUAUGUUGCCAUGUUUCAGUUCUUCCAUGUUCUGCCUUUUGAUUUUGUUUUUGUAACGCUGCUGGGGUGUUUGGUUUCUUUCUCACAAGCUGCUACUAGAAAUGUAGUCGCCGCCCGCCGCCACACACACAAACACACACACCACGAUGUUCAUGUACAGAGCACUGAUCUAUUUCCUGUAUUCUCUUGCAAACAAAUCCUUGUAUUUUCCUGUUAUAUGUAAAAUACUAAAGAAAAUGCAAUACUGCACUAAAGGUGUGAUGGUUUUUUUAUUACAACUAAGGACAACCACCGCCUUGGACUGCAAGUUGGUUUGAAACUUACUUAAAAAGGAAGGAAAUGGUUUACAAUGAGUCCUUAGAACAGUCCAGUUGUUCUGGGGGGGAUGUCACAUGUCCAGAAGGCUAAGGACCUGAAGUGCCGGACUUCUUUUCAGAGUUAUUUUUAUUUUGUGUUCAAUCAUACCUUCAUACCUUCAGGCCACACAGUCAUGGUGAAGACAGAGCUGAGCCUUAAGGCAUCGCUCUCAAUUCCUCAAUGUUUCCACCUUCAUCUAUGGGUCGUGACCGAAAGAAGGAGAUCACAAGCGGAUGGAAUGAGUUUCCUCCGUAGGGUGGCUAGACUCACCGUCAGAGAUAAGGUGAGGAGCUCGGUCAUCCGGGGGGAGCUCCGAGUAGAGCCACUGCUCUUUCACAUCGAGAGGAGCCAGUUGAGGUGGCCCCGGCAUCUCUUCCGGAUGCCACCUGGACUCCUCCCUGGUGAAGUGUUCUGGGCAUGCCCAGCCGGGAGAAGGCCCUGGGGCAGAUUAUGACACGCUGGAGGGAUCAUGUCUCACAGCUGGCAUGGGAAUGCCUCGGUGUCUUCCCAGUGGAACUGGAAGAGGUGGCUGGAGACCGGCAAGUCUGGACUUCCCUAGUGAGACUUCUUCACCCGCGACCCGGACCCAGAUAAGCGGAAGAAAAUGGAUGGGCGAAUGUCGCACAUUCACCAAAUGGAUGAUAAUGUGAUACCUUAAAACACAAGCAAAAUGUUUACAUUGGUCAAAGAUCCUCUAUAUGACAGGAGCUAAAGAUAUCUCCUAAAAAAAUGUUGUACACAUGCACACUACAUCACUACACUACAGGAGGUUGCUUACAGCCACAGCUGUUAAAGCUAGCAGUUAUUUGCUUUUAUUGUCCAUUCACUUGGCGCCUUUAUUUUGUCCUGUCCAGCCAUUGGGACAGAUAGUAUUGUUGAUCUAAAUGCCCUUACAUGCUAAACAGAUUUGCUCUGCCAGGGAAAAGUGUAAGAUAUUCUUUCCCUGUUAUAUAGAUUUUAUUUGACUUCAUUUGAUGUUUUAUUCUUAUGCAAAUUUGGAGUGGCCGGCUGGAGCAGGAGGGGAUAGAAAAGAAGAGAAAAGAAAACAGUGGGGGUACAGUGCGGGGACAAGAGCGGGACAAUACAGAGAGAGACAGCAAUUGCAAUGACGAUAACAAAACAACAGAAGCAAACAGGACUACAUGAGCAAAUGUCUAUAACAGCCAUAAAAACCAUAAUGGAAAUAACAAAAUAAUCAACAGCCACAGUGGUAAUACUGUUUUGGAACAGUUUAUAGUUAUUAGUGGUAAUAGUAGUAAUGAAAAUAUGAACCAUAAUAGUGAACCAAAUGAUAAUAACUGUAAUGCACACAACUGUAAUUACUAUAAUGUUACUGCCAACAUCACCAUCACUGUAAUAAAGCAUAUUAACACCCUGGAUAAAUCAGA